GCCACACCCAUUCCUAUCUUGUCUCGUUGAAACUCCAACGUCUGGAGGUAAUGACGGCUCCGCUACCUUCAAACAUUACCAUUCAGGCAGACGAAAUAAACUGCUUGAUUUACUCUUAUUUCCUGGAUUGUGGUUUCAUCCAUUCCGCCUUCAAUAUCUGCCAAGAAGGACAGCUCGAGCGUUCACCCAACUUUAAGAAGCACAUUCCUCGUGGAGAACUUGCAGAACUUCUCUCCAAGGCUCUAUUUUAUACCGCCAUCGAAGCCCACAUAAGAGGUGGAGAGGUUGCUGCGAACUGCAGGGCUCGAUUUUCGCUUCUCGAAAACCACGUUUGUUCUCCCGAUCCACCUCAACAAGUCGUCACGACACUACUUGUACCAACGCUUCUGACUCCAGUCGUCAAGGAAAGCUCUACUAUUGCCAAGCCCGUCGAAAACGUCCAACCAACUGGAAAGCCAAAGGCGACUCCGACACCUACAUUCACCUCAGAGAACGCAGAGAAAGGCUUGAAAAGAUCAGAAGACAUGGAUAUUGACAGACCUACUCAAUCUCCAGAGGUGGAUCCCUCGCCAAUGGAUUCCAUCCUUACCCCCAUCACUGGAAAGGCCAUAAACACAGAAUCUCGAUAUUACGAACCUGAUGAUGAAGAUGGACCACCUGCCAAUGCGAUUCGUACGAUGGAGGGUCAUAAAUCCGAGGUUUUCGUAUGUGCUUUCAAUCCGGUGAAACCCUAUGUGCUCGCCUCAGGAUCCAAAGACGCUACUGUCAAUCUGUGGCAUGUUCCUGAGCCCAUUGAUGACCCCCGUCCAAACAUACCGCGAAGCGUUGUUUUCACUCCAAAGGGAGGACAAGGUGAUCUCACAUCCAUGCACUGGAAUAAGGAUGGGACAUUCCUUGCUGUUGGUAGCUAUGACUCUCUGCUUCGAAUAUUAACAGCCACGGGAGAGAUUUAUGCUACCCUGGAGAAACAUACCGAUCCUAUAUUUACUGUUCGCUUUUCCCCAUCCGGUCGGUAUUUAUUAUCUGCAAGCCUUGAUGGAUCAUCAUGUCUAUGGGACGUUAAGGCAAAGACAUUGCUAAGAGAGUAUCGAUGUCAUAGAGACUGUGUCCUUGAUGUUGAAUGGAUAAACGAUGUUAUGUUUGCAAGCUGCGGGGCUGAUAAGAAUAUACACGUAUUAAGCGUCGAUGAUCCCAUGCCAAUCAAGUCUCUCACUGGGCACACCAAUGAAAUUAACCAGAUAGUAGUGAAUGCUUCCGGGACCGGUCUAGCAUCCUGUUCAGAUGAUAAAACGGGCCGACUAUGGAACAUCACAAAUCUAUCGACGGACAGUAUUCCUGGCUUGGGAGCUUCCGACCAGGUUGUUAUACUUAAUGGUCAUAAGCACGCUGUGACCACCAUGGCUUGGAUUGAGGAGAAAAUGUCACGGGUGUACGUGGCCACUGGCUCAUUCGACUGCUCGACGCGAUUGUGGGAUCCAGAUACCGGCGACUGCCUGAAAGUGUUCUCAGACUGGCGCCGGCCCGUGUAUGUGAUUACUGCUGCUCCAGGUGGACCGUUAUUUGCCGCUGGAGGUGGCGAUGGCUGGAUGAAUAUAUAUGAUGUUCGAGAUCAAGAGAAGAAGUGGUCUUGGUAUUCAGGCUUUGACAGACCAGGAAUAUUUGACAUAGAUUGGCAGGAGUAUGAGAAGGGUAAAAUCAAUCAUGUGGCAGUAUCCCUUGAAUCGCAUAGGAUGGUUGUCUUCGAUGUAAAUAGGAUCGAUGCUCUCAAUCUGUAUUAAUGAGUAGUAUUGUGGAUGACGAUGCUGUAAUUACG